AUGUGGCGGCAGUCAACGAUACUGGCCGCGUUAUUAGUGGCUCUUAUUACGGGCUGUGCAGCAAUCAAAAGCAACUCCCCACCAAGAAUCACCAAACAACCGGCACCCGGAGAACUGCUCUUCAAAGUAGCACAACCCAAUAAGGAAAGCAACAACCCAUUCAUUAUCGAGUGCGAAGCCGAUGCACUACCCGAACCAGAAUACAGUUGGAUCAAGAAUGGCAAGAAGUUCGACUGGCAAGCGUACGACGACCGGAUGCUGCGACAGCCGGGUCGCGGAACCCUGGUAAUCACCGUGCCCAAGGACGAGGAUCGCGGCCACUACCAGUGCUUCGCGUCCAACGAGUUCGGUACGGCCACCUCGAACUCGGUGUAUGUGCGCAAGGCGGAGCUGAACGCCUUCAAAGACGAGGCGGCCAAGACCCUGGAGGCCGUGGAGGGCGAACCCUUCAUGCUCAAGUGCGCGGCACCCGACGGCUUCCCCAGCCCCACCGUCAACUGGAUGAUCCAGGAGUCCACCGACGGCAGCAUCAAGUCGAUCAACAACUCCCGCAUGACCCUCGAUCCGGAGGGCAAUCUGUGGUUCUCGAACAUCACCCGCGAGGAUGCCAGCUCGGACUUCUACUACGCCUGCUCGGCCACCUCGGUGUUCCGCAGUGAAUACAAGAUUGGCAACAAGGUGCUCCUCGACGUCAAGCAGAUGGGCGUGAGUGCCUCCCAGAACAAGCAUCCUCCCGUGCGUCAAUAUGUCUCCCGUCGCCAAUCCUUGGCCCUUCGCGGCAAGCGCAUGGAACUGUUUUGCAUCUACGGUGGAACGCCGCUGCCGCAGACCGUUUGGAGCAAGGACGGGCAGCGGAUACAGUGGAGCGACCGUAUCACCCAGGGACACUACGGCAAAUCGCUGGUCAUCCGGCAGACGAACUUCGAUGAUGCCGGUACCUACACCUGCGACGUUUCCAACGGCGUGGGCAACGCCCAGUCCUUCUCGAUCAUCCUGAAUGUCAACUCCGUGCCGUACUUUACCAAGGAACCCGACUUCCAGACCGCCGCCGAGGAUGAGGAGGUGGUCUUUGAGUGCCGCGCCGCCGGUGUCCCAGAGCCCAAAAUCAGUUGGAUACACAAUGGCAAGCCUAUCGAGCAGACGCCCCCGAAUCCCCGACGAACCGUGACGGACAACACCAUCCGCAUCGUGAACCUGGUCAAGGGCGAUACUGGCAACUAUGGGUGCAACGCCACCAACUCUCUUGGCUAUGUGUACAAGGAUGUCUAUUUGAAUGUCCAGGCUGAGCCGCCAACCAUCGAGGUGCCGCCAUCGGCCGUUUCCAGUGUGGAUGGCCGGAAUGUGACCAUCAAGUGUCGGGUGAAGGGAUCCCCCAAGCCGCUGGUCAAGUGGCUGAGGGCCAGCAACUGGCUGACCGGCGGUCGCUACAAUGUCCAGGCGAACGGUGAUCUGGAGAUUCAAGAUGUAACCUUCUCGGAUGCCGGAAAAUACACAUGCUAUGCGCAAAACAAGUUCGGUGAGAUCCAGGCGGACGGUUCGCUGCUGGUCAUGGAACACACGCGGAUCACCCAGGAGCCGCAGAACUACGAGGUGGCCGCCGGACAAUCGGCCACAUUCCGCUGCAACGAGGCCCACGACGAUACGCUGGAGAUCGAGAUCGAUUGGUGGAAGGACGGCCAGUCGAUUGACUUUGAGGCCCAGCCGAGGUUCGUGAAGACCAACGAUAAUUCCCUGACGAUUGCCAAGACCAUGGAGCUGGAUUCGGGCGAGUACACUUGUGUGGCCCGGACGAAAUUGGAUGAGGCGACGGCCAGGGCGAACUUGAUCGUUCAGGAUGUGCCGAAUGCCCCCCGACUGACGGGCAUCACCUGCCAGGCCGACAAGGCGGAGAUUCAAUGGGAGCCCCAGGGCGACAACCGUUCGCCCAUCCUCCACUACACCAUCCAGUUCAACACCUCCUUCACGCCGGCCUCCUGGGAUGCGGCCUACGAGAAGGUGCCCAACACGGACUCCUCGUUCGUCGUCCAGAUGUCACCGUGGGCCAACUACACGUUCCGCGUGAUUGCCUUCAACAAGAUCGGAGCCUCGCCGCCAUCGGCGCACAGCGAGAGUUGCACUACCCAGCCGGAUGUGCCGUACAAGAAUCCCGACAAUGUCGUCGGCCAGGGCACCGAGCCCAACAACCUGGUCAUCUCGUGGACACCCAUGCCGGAAAUCGAGCACAAUGCCCCCAAUUUCCACUACUACGUUAGUUGGAAGCGCGACAUCCCGGCCGCCUCGUGGGAGAACAACAACAUCUUCGACUGGCGACAGAACAACAUUGUGAUCGCCGAUCAGCCGACGUUCGUCAAGUACCUGAUCAAGGUGGUGGCCAUCAACGACAGGGGUGAAUCCAACGUGGCUGCCGAGGAGGUGGUUGGCUACUCUGGGGAGGAUCGUCCCUUGGACGCGCCGACCAACUUUACGAUGCGACAGAUCACAUCCUCGACCAGUGGCUACAUGGCCUGGACGCCGGUGAGCGAGGAGUCGGUGAGGGGACACUUCAAGGGCUACAAGAUCCAGACCUGGACGGAGAACGAGGGCGAGGAGGGUUUGAGGGAGAUACAUGUGAAGGGCGAUACCCACAAUGCUCUGGUCACCCAGUUCAAGCCCGAUUCGAAGAACUUUGCCCGCAUUCUGGCCUACAAUGGGCGCUUUAAUGGUCCGCCGAGCGCGGUCAUCGAUUUCGAUACGCCCGAGGGUGUGCCGUCGCCGGUCCAGGGAUUGGACGCCUAUCCCCUGGGCUCCUCGGCCUUCAUGCUGCACUGGAAGAAACCGCUGUAUCCCAAUGGCAAGCUCACCGGCUACAAGAUCUACUUCGAAGAGGUCAAGGAGAGCUAUGUGGAGCCUCGCCGUGAGUACGAACCUCACGUCACCGAUCCCAGGGUCACGCGCAUGAAGAUGGCAGGCCUGAAGCCCAACACCAAGUACCGCAUCUCCAUCACCGCCACCACGAAAAUGGGCGAGGGAUCCGAACACUAUAUCGAGAAGACGACGCUGAAGGACGCCAUCAAUGUAGCUCCGGCCACGCCCUCUUUCUCCUGGGAACAACUGCCCUCCGAUAAUGGACUGGCUAAAUUCCGCGUUAACUGGAUACCAAGUACCGAGGGUCAUCCAGGCACUCACUUCUUCACACAGCACAGGAUCAAGGGCGUAACCAAUUGGGAGAAAACAGACGAGGAGAAGAACUUGGACCACCAGGUAGUCAGCGGUCUGGAUCCAGAGACCGCCUACGAGUUCCGGGUCGUCUCUGUGGAUGGGCACUUCAACACGCCGAGUGCCGCGCAGGAGAUCGACACGAACACCGUUGAGGGACCAAUAGUGGUGGCCAACGAGGCGGUGGCCAAUGCCGGAUGGUUCAUAGGCAUGAUGCUGGCCCUGGCCUUCAUCAUCAUCCUGUUCAUCAUCAUCUGCAUCAUCCGGCGCAAUCGGGGCGGCAAGUACGAUGUCCACGAUCGGGAGCUGGCCAACGGCCGGCGGGAUUAUCCCGAAGAGGGCGGCUUCCACGAGUACUCGCAACCGUUGGAUAACAAGAGCGCUGGUCGCCAAUCCGUGAAUUCAGCGAACAAACCUGGCGUGGAGAGCGACACCGAUUCGAUGGCCGAAUACGGGGAUGGCGACACAGGACAAUUCACCGAGGAUGGCUCUUUCAUUGGCCAGUAUGUCCCUGGAAAGCUUCAGCCGCCGGUCAGUCCACAGCCGCUGAACAACUCCGCUGCGGCGCACCAGGCGGCGCCCACAGCCGGCGGAUCAGGAGCCGGAUCGGCAUCGGCAGCAGCCGGAUCAUCAGGAUCUUCGUCUGGGGGGGCAGCAGCCGGAGGAGGAGGCGCCUCUGCCAGCAACGGAGGAGCUGCAGCCGGAGCCGUGGCCACCUACGUCUAAGAGGCGUGGCUGGGAUUAUUCAUCAUUUGCCCCUUGUUCUCCUGAUUUUCUUCAAAAAACGAUUCAAAAGCCCCCUAAACAAAAAAAAACAAAAAAAAAUUUGUGUAAUUCUAUGUGUAAAACGAAAACUGCUUUAAGUGUCUGCAAAAAACGAAACAAAAUUAUAAAUAUAAAAAAGAGAAACAAAACAAUUGUAAAGUGAAGAAAAACUCGCAUGAAUUUAAAGCAUAUAAUUUUGCUUCUUUUGGCUUAUACAAAUAUUCUAGCACACAGUUGAACGCCUUUUCAAAAACAAAACAAAAACUUGUGUAUUAGCUUAAAAAACGACAACAAAAACAAAAAAUGAAUGAAAACGUUAAAAUAUGUAUGGCGAAUGAGAAGAACAAUUAACGAUGAUGCCUAUUUGUGUAAUACUUUUUUUUUGUACUAAAAUACCUUUUAGUUAUUAGUGGCACGAGGAUUAUUGUCUACAUGGUUUUGUAAACCAAAGUGAGCAAAUUGCGAACCGAAGGAUCGAGAGGGAAUAUGGAGGCAUAGCAACAGGUAUGCACGAUAUAUCCAUUCCAGUCUAAUCUAAACUAAGAUCUGUUCAAAAUGUACAAAAACCAAAUAAGAACGAACCAUCGGGCAGCUUCGAACAAUGAUUGACUGAAUUGCGAGAAAAUGCCCUGACUAUUUUGCAAUCAAUUAUACAGAACUGCUCGUUAAUGUACGACUAACCAAAUAUCGAUGUGUUCAAUUAGCAGCAAGUCAAAUUUUCAACUUGACCUCGAGUACUUUUCACCACAAUCAAGACUUUAAGGGCAGAGCAGAUUUUCCAACGCCAGUUCAAGAAAUCAAGGGAAGCUAAAACUGCAGAUGUAUUUCCUUCGUCGGCAAUUCGUAUAUAUGUAUCGUAUAAGUUCCGAUUUUCGUCCAUAGUCUAAUGCAAUUUUUCGCGUGUAGUGUUUAAACAGAAUCCUUUCAUUUUGUCCAUUAAUUCUUUAAGUAAAGCAAAUUAGUUAAUUAACAAAUUAGUUGAUGACCCACUUGAACGAGUCGGGCAUUGUAACCUAUUAUAAAAUAUGCAGCUAUAAUUGUUCCACACGGUACUCCCUUAAAUGUAUGUAUUAUUUAAUGAAAAUGUUAAAAUCCCCGAGAUGCAAUUUGAGUCUCUGGUUUUCCCUUAUCCAGAUAUAAUCCAGAUAUCUGUAAUAAUAACAAUGUAUUCAUAAUUUUUUUAACUAAAAAACACACAAAGUGGCAUUAGAAUCUAAACAAACAAACACAAUUUAACAAAUAAAAUGAAAAAUGAAAAUGAAUGAAAAAAACACACAAUUUUAGUUUUGGAAAAUCUUUGCCGCUUUAAAAGAAGAAGUGCUAAGAGCUUUGUAAGAAACUCGAUCCGAAUAUAUCUACUUAUUAAUAUUUGCGCUUUUAUCGAAACCGGAAAACCACAAUCACACCCGAACCGGACUCAGUUUUUGAAAAGUUAACUUAAAUCGGUUUAGUUUUAUUUGCGAAUUAGUAUAUUAAGUACAUUAGGUGGAUAGACAAGCUUAUGAUAAUUUGGUCUUUUACGAACAUACAGGGUUGCUUAGUCAAAUUUUUGCAUAGAUUUAAAAACAAAAAAGGGAGAGGCAGGUAAUUUGAUGACUCAUAUUUUGUGCACUGCGUUCUGUUUGUUGUUUUUUCAAUUAGCUACUUGUAACGAACUAUAAUCCCCGGCUUCAGCAUAGUUUCCAAUCGAAUCGAAUCGACUACCACUACCCAACACCCAAACUUCCCCGAAAACCGAACCCACACCACAAUUGGGAGACAACCGAUCCACACACAAAUCACCUGCACCACGCAUAUCCCAACGAUUGAUAUAACAGAUAUACAAGGAGAAAGUAGAGCGGAGGGGAGUAGAAAACCGAAACAGAAACGGAAACUAGAUCAGAAAGGACAUGCAAGGACUUGCAAGUACAGCAAACAAAGACAAAAGAACUACAUAAAUCAAUACAAACAAAACUUGCUAUGCAAACGUAUAUAUAUAUGGAUAUAUGAUAUAUAUUUACAGUAUAGGAGACAACGAUCUAAAUCUAAUGUUCACGACAAAGCGAUAUAUAUAUAUAUACAAAACAUAUAGAGAGAUGUAUAAGAUUCUGCAUAGAUAUUGUGAUUUCCCCAAAUAAAAACUAAAAAUAGUCAAAAACAAUGUGAAAACCCGAAAAGGCAAACGUAAAACGAUUUAACUAUACUAAUAUUUCUUCUUUUGUCGUAUUUGUAUAAAAACAAAACAAACUGAAGUGUUCAUCAGUGGAAUUAUCGAAAUAAUCGAUUGUCUUCGAUGACAGCCAGAGGAAGCACUAUCUAUACCGAUAGCGAGGGAGCCACAACAACAACAACAACUGCACUGCCGUGUCGGGUUCUAUUUUACAUUAACAUUUACAGAAUCAUAAACAUUUACACACUAAACA